AUGGCCAGUCUUUUACGACGGCCUGCACAUAUCGCACGGUAUUCCAGAAGUGCGACAGACCUUUUUACGACCUCUAGAUCGAUAUAUCCACAUCACACGAGACCGCAGCUAUGGUCUUUAGUAAACGCUCGACAGGCACGAUCGUACGCCUCCAUUAACCCCGGAGGGGACCCGAAACGUCCGGACGACGACAAAAAUAAGAAGAAAAAAGUCGAAAAGAGCAAAGAUGAGGAGUUGGCUGAGUUCUUCGAGUCGCUCAAGAAGAAUGGACCUGCACCGAAGAAGACGUUCAACAGUGUAGCCGAUGAGAAGGAAUUUCUGGAAAAGUCUGCCCAGUUCAUUGAGCAGUUGGUUCACCAGACUGGAAUGCCGCCACGGGAGGUGCAACUUCUGCGUCUUAUUCAGACCUUGUUGGCUGAUGCAAAGUAUAUGCCGCCUGAGAUGGAGGAGUUUUUCAGAAAACAUGUGGAUCAGUCACAACCUAUGACGUUGGAGGAUUUUGAUAAGUUUUCGAGGUUUUGGAUACAGCGUUUGGGAGAGGAUAAUAUAACGGCCACCGAAGCUGAGAAGCAGUCUGCCGAGGAAGUCAAGGCCUUGUUCGAAAAGGCUUCUCAAGAGAAAGCCGAGGGCGGAUUUGGUGGAUGGGGCGCACAACAGCAGAAAAAGACCGGCGGUCAACAGGGUCAAAAGCAGAAGGAUGGCAAGGAUGAAAAGAAUGGGCCGAAGGUGUUCGAAUUCAAAUUCGAUCCUAGCAGCUUUAUUGUGACUUCCAUUCUUUCCUAUAUGCUAUACACGACCUUCUUCCCCGGUGAAAGCAGCAGGGAUAUUACAUGGCAAGAAUUCCGAUCAAAUUUCUUCGACAAGGGCCUUGUCGAGAAGUUGACUGUCAUCAAUCGUUCUCGUGUACGGGUCGACCUAAACCGAGAGGCGGUUGCUGGCGAAAUGCCGGAUUCGCCCGCUUCGCAACGCAACUUCCACUACUACUUCACCAUCGGGUCGGUUGAUUCAUUUGAGCGCAAGUUAGAGGAAGCUCACAAUGAACUGGGUAUCCCCACCUCGCAACGUAUCCCGGUAGCCUAUGUCGAUGAAGUUCCAUGGCUCGCUACAGCUUUGUCCUUUGGACCUACUCUUUUGUUGAUCGGAUCAGUGUUCUACUUCUCAAGGAGAGCUGGUGGCGGUGCCGGUGGUCAGAGCAGCAUUUUUGGUAUUGGAAAGAGUCGGGCAAGGCGGUUCAAUCAUGAGACGGACAUUAAGAUCAAGUUCGCCGAUGUUGCCGGUAUGGACGAGGCAAAGAUGGAGAUCAUGGAGUUUGUCAGUUUCUUGAAGGAAGCGGAAAAGUUCCAGAGACUCGGAGCAAAGAUCCCUCGUGGUGCCAUUCUGUCCGGACCUCCUGGUACCGGUAAGACAUUGCUCGCCAAGGCCACCGCUGGUGAGUCUGGUGUGCCAUUCUUCAGUGUCAGUGGAUCUGAAUUCGUCGAGAUGUUUGUUGGUGUUGGUCCCUCUCGGGUACGUGACUUGUUCGCCAAUGCUCGAAAGAACACACCUUGCAUUAUCUUCAUCGAUGAAAUUGAUGCCAUCGGUAAAUCACGAUCCAAGCAGAACUUUGGUGGUGGCAAUGACGAGCGUGAGAGUACACUCAACCAAAUCCUGACUGAGAUGGAUGGUUUCAAUACAUCAGAGCAGGUCGUUGUUUUGGCCGGUACCAACAGACCUGAUGUUCUUGACAAGGCAUUGAUGCGUCCUGGUCGUUUCGACAGACAUAUCACUAUUGACCGACCGACAAUGAAGGGAAGAGAGCAGAUUUUCCGUGUGCAUUUGAAGAAGAUUCUUACGAAGGAGGAUAUGGAUUAUCUUUGUGGCCGUCUCGCUGCUUUGACUCCAGGAUUCGCUGGUGCUGAUAUUGCCAAUUGUGUCAACGAGGCUGCUUUGGUUGCUGCCCGUGAACAAGCCGAGAGUGUCAAGAUGAAACACUUCGAACAGGCAAUUGAGCGUGUGAUUGGAGGUCUGGAGAAGAAAUCUCUCGUCCUCUCGCCCGAGGAGAAACGAACAGUAGCCUACCAUGAAGCCGGCCACGCCAUCUGCGGCUGGUAUCUGAAAUGGGCCGAUCCUCUUCUCAAAGUCUCAAUCAUUCCCAGAGGACAAGGCGCUCUCGGUUAUGCGCAAUACCUCCCAUCCAGUGAAAACUAUCUGAUGACCGUCAACCAACUCAUGGAUCGCAUGGCCAUGACCCUCGGCGGCCGUGUCAGCGAAGAACUCCACUUCGACACAGUCACCAGCGGUGCAUCAGACGACUUCAACAAAGUAACCCGCAUGGCCAGCGCUAUGGUCACCAAAUUCGGCAUGUCCAAGACCAUCGGACCCUUGCACUUUGAAGAAGAUCAACAACAACUCCACAAACCCUUCUCUGAGGAGACAGCACGAAACAUCGACCUCGAGAUCCGCCGUAUAGUCGAUGAAGCAUAUAAGCGUUGCACAGAUCUUCUAACAAAGAAGAAGAAGGAAGUCGGCCUUGUGGCAGAGGAGUUGUUGGCCAAGGAAGUCCUGUCGCGAGAUGAUAUGGUUCGUCUUUUGGGUCCGCGACCGUUCCCGGAUACGGGGGAGUUUACGAAGUAUUUCGGUGGAGGUAUUAUUGCACCACCUGAACCUCAUGAACCUGAUGAAAGUUCUACGGGUAAAGAUGGUCGUGAUCAAACUCCUCUUCCUACCUAAACGCUUUCAAUCUCUCUCCUUUUCUUUUAGGUCAUCUUGCCAUCUUCCCCCUUUUCUUUUAUGUACAAUAAGAUCUUGAUCCGAUCCCGAUUCCUCUACCUCCUCGCAAGACCUUAAAUAUCUAUCUAUCAAUUGUCUACAUGGGUUCCAUGGCGCGGUGUUAAUUGCUACAGAAAAGAGAAAAAAAUCCACCUAUGUAUUUUUCUUUUCUUUUCUGUUUGUUUUGACUAUUGAUCUCCUCUCUUAACACCAUGUCCUUUUUCUUCCUUCCAUCCUUCCUCUCUACUUUUGUGUUUGUGGCAUAGGAAUCAGUUUCUCUAUUAUACUCCAUGUACUGGUAUUACUGGUAUUGAGUACAGAGAUGGAAACUAUACUCAAUUGUUAUAUGUACAUUGUAACAUAGUCAGAAUCGAAGAAAAAAAUUAAAUGUCUAUGAUAAUUUUGGAAGCAACGACAAUGUUUGUCUAUAGGAUUUGAUACUAUUUAGAUACUAAGAGUUGUUUUAUCAUUCAAAUAGGUAUUCUCUAGAAUCUUCCCUUCUCUUCAUUUGCUUUGUCCUUGUUAGCUAAAUCUAAAUCGUCGUUUGGGUAUCUUUCACACACAUCCAUGGUGGGUGGUGGAUAUCAUCAGCUUUCAAAGUUUUCUCUGCUUCCUUCAAAAGGAAUAGGGACAAGUGGCGAGAUUAUGAGAAGACGCAAGGCAGAAGACAAUGAGGAUCAAAGAUUCGAGAGAUGGUAUUGAUGAUGACAACGGAGGUUCUUUCGAGAUAGAUAGAUAGGUAGUAUCGAUACACACAAGGAGAUUUGAGAAGAGUAGGAAAAAAAGGUUCGACAGACGGAUCGAGGGUGUGGGUGAUGAAUGAAAAGUCAAGUCAAGGGAGAGAAGUCUGUGUUAGACAUCGGUUUGGUAUUUUUCUUUUUUGAGGAGACAUCAUUAAUUCGUAAUCCGGUGAGAUGAAUGUUAGAGACCCAUCGUCUUGAGAAAUACAGGCGAUGUUGUAGAAAGAGUAGGGGACAAAGUGAAGUGGUACGCGACGAGACGAUAUCGUGAAAGAUAAGAAAAAGUUCGAUAAAUAAAGAAAGUUUUACCUCUGACUGAAGGAGAGGUAGAGAAAAUGAAGGUAAAACAACUGCAAUUCAGCCUGAAGCGAAGUCCGUUCCGGCGAAUGUGCGAAUGUGCCUCUGAAUUAUUCAGGAGACUGCUGGCUACGACGCAUCUUCUCAGCUUCGAGGUUCUCGUACAAAAGAUACAACGCCUUUUCGUUAGCCUGUGCGCUACCCAUGAUCGUGAACAUGCGCUCCCCAGUCUCGUCAUGGGGUGCCUUGGCGAUCGAGAUUCUCGCUCCAGAGCUGCGACGGAUUUCACUGAUUUUGCUACCACCCCGACCAAUAAUGCAACCGACCAUAUCUGCAGGGAUGCUGAUAUUCUGUGUCUGUACUUCUUCUCCAUCAUCGGUGACUAGCGGCAGAUUUCGGUUGCCAUUAUCGCCGCUGCCACGACGAUUGUAGCCGCCGCUUGGCUCGCUGAAAUCUGCGCCGUUGCCAGUUCGGUUGUAGGAUCGUCCACCGCCGUAGCUGCCGCCGGUCCUGUCGCCGUUGUGAUUGAGUUGACCAGAACCGCCAAUGGAGACACGCACGGCCGGGUUGUACAGGACGGUCCCUGUUCCACGUUGCCAGUCGUCAAUGAGACACUUUCCAAUUUCCCAGACCGCUUUCUCGAUACCCUCUGGCGUGCCCUGCACCUCCACAAUUCGCUCGGUGGACUGUGGUAGCAUCUCUUUCUGCGCGACCAUUCUGACGCCC